AUGCAGGGAAUUGACGGUAGCUUAGUUCAAAUUGGAGCGCCAUACCUCGGCCAAAUGACCGACAACCUAACAGAGCUGUUCCCUGUGCCGGAAAACACUGUCGGGCUCGUUAUUGGAAGAGGAGGCUCUGAGAUUCAGAACAUUCAAAGCAUGUCGGGAUGCCGCGUCCAAAUGUGUCCAGAUGCCGACAGUAGUGGCUAUAGACAAGUCACUCUUCAAGGAAAUCGGGCAAACAUCGAAAAAGCGAAACAACUUAUCAAUGACGUUGUUAUGCGCGCUCAACAACGCCAACAUGGGGGGUCACACGGCCAACAAACGUUUGAUGCUAGCCGGUCUAUCACCAUUGACAUACAAAUUCCCGCUGGAAAAUGCGGCUUGAUCAUCGGCAAGCAAGGCGAAACCAUUCGCCAACUUCAAGAGCAAGCUGGUUGCAAAAUGCUCAUGAUUCAAGAUACCCAAGAAGUUACCGGCGUUCCAAAGCCGCUUCGCAUUUGCGGUGAACCGGAAAAAGUUGAGAUUGCCAGGCGCCUUGUUGCUGAGCUUCUAAGCAAGGAAGAAGGAAACAAUGGUGCCUCACGUGUUGGACAAGAUCCUGCUUCGUCCGCGAAAGGAGAAGUUGUCGUUCCGAGAUCCAGUGUUGGAAUGAUAAUCGGAAAAGGCGGCGAAACAAUCAAGCGGCUCGCAAUGGAAACGGGAACGAAGAUCCAAUUCAAACCGGACGAGGAUCCGAAUUCGGCUGAGCGUUGCGCAGUAAUUAUGGGGACUCGUGAUCAGAUCUAUCAAGCUACUGAACUGAUCACUGAGCUUGUUAACAAAAGUGCAAACAAUCAAAAUCAGACUCAAGAGACUUUUUUCAUGCACAUUCCAGCGAAUAAAACAGGUUUGGUUAUUGGUAAGGGCGGAGAGACCAUUAAACAAAUCAAUUCGGAAAGCGGAGCUCAUUGUGAGCUAUCUCGCGAGGCGCCACCUAAUCCUCAGGAAAAAGUAUUCAUCAUUAAAGGAACACCUCAACAAAUUCAACAUGCUCAACAUAUCAUAAAAAUCAAAGUUGGAGAUAUUCCUCCAAACACUCCGGUUCCGAUGAUUGGUGGUGGAGGUGGUGGACCUAUGAUGGGUAACGGAAAUUUCCCACAUCAGGGACAAUUUAAUGGACAAUAUGGUGCCCAGCCAGUUCAUCAACAGUGGGGUCAACCUAUGCCUCCAAAUGUUCAGUACGCUCAAUAUCAACAAACCGCUACUGGAACUGUUGUCCCACAGCCAUACGCCCAACCGCAACCACAGCCUGGAACAGGACAACCAACAAUUAACCCGGCUACUGGACAGCCGGAUUACUCUGCACAAUGGGCUGAGUACUACAGAAAUGUUGGAUUGAUGGAACAAGCGGCAAUGGUAGAGAAUCAAAUGAAGCAAAAUGCGGCUCGCGCCCAAGCUGCUGCGACCGGAAGCGCGACAUCUACUGCAUACGCUGCUGGAUCCCAGUAUCCCACUGGAGUACCUGGUCCAGUUGCUGCGCAACCAACUACAGGUGCAGGCGGUCAACAAUAUGCACAAUAUCAACCAGUGGGAGGAUUUCCACCAACCAGUCAAUUUCAAGGCCAGGGGCAACCUCAACCAUUCUAA